CCACCAGUCCAAGUUCGGCUUCCUGAAGAAGUGGUAGGUGAAAUUGAAAUGAGCUCCGUUCAGGCCAUUCGAGCAUACACGUGGAUUGUUUUAUUCCAAUUAUGCGUUUUGUUUCGGAGGUGCGAAGGUGCGCCAGUGCAUCCAGAUGAGGCACUGCAGCAUCUCAGGGAGCUGAAUGUGACCCAAGCGAAUCUCAUUGCGUCCAACUCCACUGUGAAGUGCAAGCUCAUCCCGAAUCUUUGUGACUGGCAACUGCACCUCUACGAGGGCCACGCAUUCAGUGUUCCACUUGUACAGACAGUGGAAAGUACCACCAUCCGACCACCAGCUCCUCCAAUGGCUGGUCUGAAAAUCUUUGAAUUAAACCACACCGUUAGUGGACCACAGCUGUUUAUUCUGGCCGAGAUCGAGCCCAAGUCGAGACGGGGAUUAAGAAGAAAAAGAAAACUUUGGCGUCGAGCCACUUUUAAUCACUCGAGUAAACAGAAAUUUAUCUUGCUGGCCGUUCAAUAAAUAUCCGCAAUGAAUAAAUGUGCUUUAAUCAUUUAUAUUAUCAUCUCUCAUUAGGCUCAAUCAAUCAGCGGCCAAGAUUUAUUGAGGCUGACUCACUACUGGACGCAGGCAGCCAGACGGUGAAUUUCAUUCCGCAGCCAUAAAAAAAAAAUGCUCAGCUCAUUAAUGUCGACUCGAUUCACGCUUUACCUGAAUACCGUGAACUUUUUGGACUGGGAUUGGAAGCCGUU